GGUUACCCUGGCGAGCGAUCACGGCGGGGCGAGUUCUGGACUGCGCUCUCACAGAGAUACUCAGGCGAUGUUGCGAAGUUAUGCGCCGCGACGGCCUCUGUUGGCACCGUCUGGGCAGACUCGCCCAGCGGUAGGGCUCGCGUCUCGCAUAUAGGCCACGAUUGUGUUUAACUUGCGUGUAGCGCCUUCCGCCUUCCUUGAUCAAAUUCACGGCACACAUGUCUUCUAGUGGCCCGUGGCACGCGGAACAAUUGCGGCCUGUCUGCCCAGAGAAUGUCGUAUCUGUGCGUUAGAGAGGGCUGAUCUCCUCUGUCGCAUGUUGUAGUAGUACUACUUCGAGGUCUUCUGUGGCUGGCUUAUCAUGUGUGGGGCGCUCCAUGCCCACAUCGGGUUCCGGGUUCUUGUCGCCACAAGGUACAAUCUAUCCGCGCUCAUUAAUGUGUGGCCGACCGAGGUGAACGCCGUCGCAGUUCGGCGCACUAUUGUCCGCAACGCCGUGGGGCUCCCCCCUUCUUGCAUGAAAGCCGUCCGAGAGUCGGUCCAGGGAGCGUUCGUUCAGGGACACUCAUGCCUGUCUACUCUUCAAGCUGGCACGAUCACCUUCGAAGCUAGGCAAAGCGCUCGUUCUUGUUCCACUCUAAGCGGCACAGUGUGCAUGCUGUAUCUUUGCACUGAGACUGUCGCAAGGACACUUGCGGCGACACUGCGAAAUGGAGGCCGUUAGCCUUUUGAUGCUGUUGCGUAGCGAGUUUGCUGUGCCGCCGGGGAACCGGGUGUCCUGUACAUGUGUCUGCGCGACAAAUUUGUGUCUAAUGUAACUUUGCGUACAUGUAUCCAAGCACUUUGUUUUAUA